ACCUGGAGGACACACCUCCCCUCAAGUCCGCUUAUGCUUCUGUUUCUUCGAGAGACUGUUGCCGCGGUCCGGAGUGUUCGUGUUUAUCUGCCUUUCGUAACAAAAAUGACUCUGGUCCAACUUUCAAGUGCUAAAUGCUUUGGAGGAUAUCAGAAGGUAUACGAACAUGACAGCUUGGAGUUGAAAUGCAAGAUGCGGUUUGGAAUCUACCUGCCUCCAAAGUCAGAGAGUGCAAAAUGCCCAGUGUUGUACUGGCUUUCAGGAUUAACCUGCACAGAACAGAAUUUCAUAACCAAAGCAUCCAGUCAGCAAGCAGCUGCUGAAUUUGGACUCAUUAUUGUGGUACCAGACACCAGUCCUCGUGGCUGCAAUAUUCCUGGUGAGGAUGAUAGCUUGGACUUUGGUACAGGGGCUGGAUUUUAUGUAGAUUCCUCAGAGGAACCUUGGAAGACCAACUACAGGAUGUACACAUAUGUCACAGAGGAGUUGCCUUUUCUCAUUGACGCUAAUUUCCCUGUGAUCCCUGAGAAGAAGUCUAUCUUUGGCCACUCAAUGGGCGGUCAUGGAGCUCUAGUGUGUGCCUUGAAAAACCCUGGAAAGUACAAGUCUCUGUCAGCACUGUCUCCGGUCUGCAAUCCUGUGCAAUGCCCUUGGGGCCAGAAAGCAUUUACUGGAUACCUAGGAUCUGAUAAAACCAAGUGGGAGAUGUAUGAUGCCACCUGCUUGGUAAAAUCCUACUCGGGACCUCUCCUGGACAUUCUCAUUGACCAAGGAAAGGAUGAUCAGUUCUUGGUUGCAGGGCAGUUGCUCCCUGAUAAUUUCAUCAAGGUGUGCACUGAAAAGAAGAUCCCUGUUGUUUUUCGGCUGCAGGAGGGAUACGAUCACAGUUACUACUUCAUCGCAUCAUUUAUCAGAGACCACAUCAAGCACCAUGCAAAGUAUCUCAAUGCUUAGGCACCAAAAUGAAUGGACAUCUACGUUCUACCUUUCCAUCAGAGAAGAUGAUAGUUCAGAUGAUUUAGUUUGAUAACACUUGCCCUUUCCUUUCUCUAUGUAGUGGCUGGCUGUACUAUGUGAGUUGCUAUGCCACUUGCAACUCCCCCUAGUGGGAAAUCACUGUCAUUGAUUUGCUUUUGAAAUUGUGUCAUUGUCGUGUGUAAAGGAACAGACAUUCUCUCUCUGGAGUAAAGUCAAUUGAAACAGCAAGCUGUGCUGAGGUAUUUGUAUACAGCAGAGCACUGCCAUCAAACCACCAUUGAAAUGAUUUGGAGACAGCCAUCUGGUUUAAUGCACCUCUGGUCUAUGCAUUUUAAUUACUUUCUGCUUGAAUUUGAAUUGGAACUGCACAGACUGUGCUCCAGUUGUUAGUACUUCACUCCCAGUUCAGGAGACCAGUGGACUUAUACAUGGUUAGCAAUGACUUGUUUGGUUUGUUCACGUACAUACAUACAUCCUCACCUCAUGGAUCUCACUCACUUGCAUAAACACUGUGCAUUACUUGGAACCUAAAGGUUCUUACUGCUGUUGCCAAUUAACUGGACUUUGAAAACUCAAAUUCGUUCCUCAGUCAUGCUUCAUUUACUUAUGCCUGGCUUCUGUCACCACACCGUUUUAAAAUCUGAAGAGAGAAAUAAUAUUUUAAUGCAGAAUUGACCAGCAGUUACAGAUAUUCUGUCCUAUGAAUACUGUCUGUUGUAUACUGACCAUUGGGUAAGCCAGGUAUGCCUGAAUUCCUUACUUGCAAGAUCAAUCAAACUACGUGAAGAUGUGCUGACUUCAAAGGGUAUGUUCUGCAUCCUUCUAUUACAUUCUUAUCUCGUCUCCACAACCCCCUACUCCCUGCUUAGCAAAGGGAAGUUUUGCGCUUCAAAGAUUUUUCUUGCUGGGCUAUUUGCACUGUAUCUGUAAUCUACCCUUGUUUUUUUGCAACUUUCACACCACUGUCUGUCUGUGGUCAUUCAUUUGAUUGUCCAGAGGUAGACAUUAUGCACACAUGCCUGCCUCUCUCAAAUUCCAAGCUCUGAUUCUUGUAUUUUUGUGGUUGUGAGAUAUCUAUCACCAAGUAAAUGAACUUGUUUUCAUUUAAAUUGUAGAACUGUACAAUAUCGGAACAGGCCCACCAUAUUUGGCUCACCACAUCAAUGCCAAUUAUCAUACCUAUUUAUACAACUUACCUGCACUAAUUCCCUCUCCCUUGAUGCCCAGCUCAUUCAAAUACCUCUACAGAUGCCUUUCAAAUGUGGUUCCUGUUUCUGCAUCCACCACCUCCUCUGUCAGUUCAUUCUGGAUACCACCAUUUUUGGAAACAUUUAACCCCUAUCUCACCUUAAACUUAUCUCCUCUAGUUGUAGGCACCCCUACAAUGGGAAAUAGACACUAGGUAGCUCUAUUUAUUCCCCUCAGGAUUUUCAAACCCCUCAGCCGCCUCUACAUCAGGGAAAACAGUCACAAUCUAUCUGGUCUCUCCUUGUAACUCAAGCCCCCAGUCCAGGCAACAUCCUUGUGUAUCUUUUUUGUACUCUGCGUAACUUAAUCACCUGCUUCCUUCGGUAUGAGUAGAACUGCAUGUGAUAUUUGAAGUGUGGUAUCACCAACAUUUUGUACUACUACAACAUGACAUUCCAAUUGUUGUAUUCAGUCUCUUGCAAAUGAAAAUGAAUAUCGCACAUCUUCACCACCUUCUACCAGACUUGCAGCUAUAUCUGCAACAAUUCCCAGGACCCUUCCAUUUAUGUCCCAUGUACUUCCUGCCCUGGUUUAACUUACCAAGUACAUCAUGUCGCACAAAAUGCUGAAGGAACUCAGCAGCAGGUCAGGCAGCAUUUAUGAAAAUGAAUAAACAUUUGAUAUUUUGGGCCAAGGCCCUUCAUCAGAACUGGAAAGGAAGGGGGAAGAAGCCAGCAUAAGAAGGUAGAGGGAGGACAAAUUAGAAUGUAAUACAUGAUGCCAGGUGUGAGAGAGAAGGGUGAAUGAAGUAAGAAGCUGGGAGUUAUACAGGUCCACAAUCCCUUAUCCAAAAUCGUUGGGGCCAGUUGCAUUUCGGAAUUCAGAAUUUUUCGGAUUUCAGAUCCCCUUCCCCGCGCCCCCCCCCCACCCCCCGAUAUCAAAAAACACGUAUGCUCAAGUCCUUUAUUUAACCUGCCUCAAUGUGGUGGACUUUAGGACCCGGCGGCACACCAAACCUACGCACAUCCUCCAGUAUACUUUAAAUCAUCUCUAGAUUACUUAUAAUACCUAAUACAAUGUAAAUGUUAUGUAAAUAAUUGUUAUACUGUAUUGUUUAGGGAAUAAUGACAGGAAGAAAUUUUAUUUCCAACAAAAACAUUUUAUAAAACAUAAAAAUAUACAGCUUCAAAUGAACCGAAUCAAGUACAUGGUAAAUGACUUAUUGGAAUAAAUGUAGAACGUCACUGUCACUGUAAAA